AUGCGGAUCGCGAUCUUCUUCACCGCCCUCAGCGCACUCUGCGCAAUACCGAUCACUAUCGCCUUGCCGUGGAACAGCACCGUGGGCCUGACUUCCAACAUCACACGUGACCUCCUAGGCGGCCUCCUGAAUCGCAAGAAACGAAUCCCUGUGACGUCAAAGAAAUGUAUGGGUGAUCAGCUUGAGAAAGAGUACUUUCUAGGUGCAAAAGAGAGCAUGAUCACCUGGUCGGAUGUGGGUGGAAGAGUUUUGCCUGGGUUAUACUACGGACAAAGCUGUCCGGAGGAUGUCCACAGCGAAGCAUGUUGCCAGGAGGACGAGAAAGGCGUCACAUGGUAUGUUUGCAACUGCAAGCUUAUCUGGCAGGACGCGGUUCCUCGGUGGGAGCUGGAUGAAGUGCAGUCGAUACUCAACGAGACCUGCGGCGAGUGGCAGAGCGGCUGGGUUUGGAGCAAGAAGUGGGAGAAGGGGUAUAAUGUCGUUCCGAAAAAAUGGUACAAAGUCAGGGUGAAAGAUAACAUCCAGAUUUGUCCUCCUGGGUGUACGUUUUGGUAAGAGCAGAAAAUCCCAUUAUAGGAUAUGCUCGAGACUACGGUUAUCUUGAAA